GAGUUACGGCAUUUACGUCAGCGGUUACGCGGGCCACCAGGAAGAGCGGUCCGUGUUUUGGAUUAGCUGUCUGUAUUUUUUUCCUGGAAGCAGUUUCCGAUUAAAAACAAAGAGGUUUGACAGUUUAGUGUUUCUUUUUUUCACGGCUUCAGGUGUGUAAGGAGUUUCACCAUGACACACUGGUUUCACCGGAAUCCUCUGAAGGCCACAGCGCCAGUGUCCUUUAACCUGUAUGGAGUGGCAUCCAGUCCUGCUGCCAAUAAAAUCUGCAACGAUCUGAGGACAACAAGAGCUAGGCUUCUGGACAUGUUUACGGAUGCUACGUGCAGUCCAGAGAUCAUGAAGAAAGCUUCUGAUGAGUACUUCUCUCUGUUACAGGGGUUCAUCGUAUCUCUGGAUGGAACCACGCAAGAGAACAAGCUGCGCUUCAUUCAGAACUUUAAAUGGACGGACACUUUGCAAGGAAACAUACCGAGUUCUCAACAGGAUGCUGUGUUUGAGCUGGUGUCCAUGGGGUUCAACAUUGCUGUUUGGCACACCAAAUUUGCAUCCAGGCUCGCAGGAAAGGAAAACAUUACUGAAGAUGAAGCAAAGGACGUUCAUAAGAAUCUGAAAACUGCGGCUGGAAUUUUCAAAUACCUGAAGGAGACUCAGAUACCACGCCUCAUCACUCCAGCAGAGAAAGGCAGAGACUUGGAGCCCCGGGUGAUUGAUACCUACAUUGUGCAGAGUCAAGCGGAGGCUCAGGAGGUGACCAUCGCCCGUGCCAUUGAACUGAAGCAUAACGCUGGCCUAAUUGCAGCUUUGGCGCUCGAGACUGCAAACUAUUAUCAAAAAGCUGAUCACACUCUGAACACUCUGGACCCCGAGUGCAGUAAUAAAUGGAGAAAGUAUCUGCAGUUGAAGCAGCACUUUUACAUGGCUUAUGCUUACUGCUACAAUGGACAGACUCUCCUGGGGAGUGAUAAGUGUGGUGAAGCCAUUCGGUCUCUACAAGAAGCUGAAAAGUGUUAUCUGCGUGCAGAGACACUGUGUAAAGAAUACCGUCAGACCAAAGGCCCGGGCAGCACGGCCAAACCCUCUGAACAGCUCUUCUUCAGGAAGCUCGGUGGUCUGAUCAAAAACACUCUGGAGAAAUGUCAGAGGGAAAAUGGCUUCAUAUAUUUCCAUAAAGUGCCUGAAGAAGCACCUGCUCUGGAGCUGAAGGCAAGUUACGGUCUGGCGGAGCCCAUUACCUUUGAGCUUCCUCCUCUCAGCAGCCAGUGUACUCCUGAGGUCUACGCCACGUUCGAUCUCACCAGAGGAACGAAAGAUGACAAGGCAACGAAACCCAAGCAGGAGGAGGAGAUUAAGCCUGUGAAGGAACCUGAUCUCAAGCCGCAGAAAGACACCGGAUGUGUGAUCUCCUGAGCUCUUCAAAGAACGUCUGAAAGUGAGAGUGUAGAUACAUUUCUGGUUCAUUAAGUCGUAUUAUGAUUCAUCAAAUCAAUGGUUCAUAGCUGUCUAAGAUCUGAACUACAGAGGUGGAAGGUAAUGCUCAUGUUAACGGAUUAACUUCACGUACUGUAUUAUUAUUUUUGCAAAAUCGUUCAUUUACUCCAUGAAGUGAUUUUAUAUUUCUAGUUAACCGUGUAUCGAGGUCCACUGCACAAAAGACCACACCUAUAUCCGUGUCUAUUUUAUCUUUUGCUUUAAAAACUUCUCUUCUGAAACUCCUUGUUAAAGAUUGUUUUGAUUUUAGUCAAAUGGAAAAAAAGAUCACUAAAUCUGUAUAGCGGCUAAUAUAGCGUCUACUUGUCCUGCAUAACUUAUAUGAAUCUGUAAAUGCUGGCUAUUAAAAUAUAUUACAAAUCAAGCAUGUAUUAUUUUAAUAUUAGCAGUUUAUUUUGAAAAAAAUACAGGAAAUGUGCACAUUUAGCCACAGAGCGUGAAAUUCUCUUCAUUUGGCACCUGAAAGGUUUUGAGGGGAGAUUUUGUGCAGCUCUCAGAACAGCCAAGAGUGAUGUUAGUACGCUGUCGUUAUGGCAACGAAGAGAUUUCGAACAAUAUUUGAAAAGACAACCAUUGUCUGUUAUGAUGGAUGAUAUAUUUCUAACAUUUCCAACACAGCGAAGAAUCAAGGUUUUUCUGAGAGUAGAGUGUUCCUAAUAAAGUGGCCAGUGGGUGUAUUUAAAAGAGGGAGGGAAAAAAGUCAGAUGUCUUAUCAAAUGUAACUUGAUUUGAAUGUUAUCUAUAACACAAACGUGCUUAAAAACACUCACUGUCAUGUAUUUAAUGCCUUCAUCCAGUAAAAUGUUUGUUAAAAGUC